GAUAGGUAGUAGCUACGUACUCCUCGGUUGUCCCUCAUCGUCCUCCUAUCCUAGCAUCCUGUGAGCAAGCAAGAAGAAGAAGAGAAGAAGAAGCCAUGGCGGCGGUGUUCGAGGAUGGGCCUCUCCAGGUGGUGGUACAAUGCGUCCGCAAGUGUGAGGCCAAGGAUCUGCCCAAGCCCCUGGUGGUUGCCACCCCCACGAACGCCAGCACCUACCCCGUCGUCGUCUUCCUGCACGGCUGGAACAUGUGUACCUGGUGGUACAGGUGCCUCCUCAAGCACGUCGCCUCCCAUGGCUUCAUAGUCGUCGCGCCGCAGCUCCACGAGUUCCUCAACUUCAGCAUCAGCGACGCCGACGACAUCGAGGCCACCAAGGCAGUAACCAACUGGCUCGCUACUAACAAGGAGGAGGAGCAGCACGCGGGGGCGGGGCUCCUCCACGUCCUCAGAGACAUCCUCAAGGUGGAGGGCGUGAAGCCCGACCUCUCCAGGGUGGCCCUGGCCGGCCACAGCCGCGGCGGCGACACCGCCUUCGCGGUGGCCCUGGGGCUCAAGGGCAGGCACGUCCGCCACCCCAUCUCGCUGGACGUCAACUUCUCCGCCCUCGUCGGCGUCGACCCUGUGGGCGGGGUAGCGGUAGAAUUAGGCUGGCUUCCUCCGUUACAAUGGACGGUGGAGCCCAGUGUCCUGACCGGUCCUUUCGACCCGCGGAUGCCGGUGCUGGUCGUCGGCACCGGCCUUGGACCCGAGGGCUUGGUUCCCUGCGCGCCGGCCGGCAUGAACCACGUCGAGUUCUACAAGCUGUGCCAGCACUCGCCGCGCUACCACUUCGCCGUCAAGGAUUACGGGCACGUGGACAUGCUGGACGACGACGAACCCCCAUUCCCGCUCCGCUGGUGCCCGGGGAACGAUGACCACACCGGCAGGGAGCUUUGCAGGAAGACCAUGGGGGGACUCAUGGUGGCCUUCUUGUGGGACAAGCUGGAGGAGGGCAAGGGCCAGGAUCUCCAGGCCGUGCUCCAGAACCCCGGCAUCGCGCCGGCUCUUCUCGACCAAGUCGAGCAAGCAUGAUCGAUCGAUUUGCCUUCCUUAUUGGCACUAUUGCAGCGUAUAUGUAUAUAUAUAUAUAUAUAAACUGGCAGGUAUAUAUAAUGUAAUGAAUAAUGCAUGCAAUGCUGUAUGCCUACUACUACAUGUACCUCAGUACUACCAUGCAUCUUUUAAAUAAAUUAAUAAUGCGUGCCAACACAA